AUGUUAUCGAACACAUCUCGGACAUCUUGCCGUACUCUUAGAUCGAUCGCUGCACGCCAUUAUGCUACAGAGACCACGACCACCACUCCUUCACACACACCGCAUCCACCUCCCCCAAAGACGCACUCGACAACUCCACGGCCUAGAGCUCGGUUCAAUCCCGCUCCUCGGACAACCACCGCAAAACCUCCACCGUUCUUGCCAUACUUGUCGCCCAACUUUGGUCGCAAUCAGUUACUGAACGUCCCCGAUGCCACCCGAGCGCUGCUUGAAGACAUCGUGCGCCAAUUCGAUGCUCCAAUACGUUAUGCAUUCGCCUAUGGAUCGGGCGUAUUCGAGCAAGACGGGUACGCGCCUAGGAAGGAUCUAUCGGAGGGGCCAAUGGUUGACUUCAUAUUCGCCGUCACCCAUGCGGAUCACUGGCAUUAUUUGAACAUGCACCAGUAUCCCGGUCAUUAUGCGUUCCAUUCGCGCAUUCUCGGAUCCUCCUUCGUGUCGAAAGUGCAGCAAAUCAGCCCAGGUGUAUGGUUCAAUCCGUACGUGCGGAUGAACGGUGUCACCAUCAAGUAUGGCGUGAUUACGGUUGACGAUCUAUGCUCGGACCUGCUGAACUGGAGGACACUGUACACCGCAGGACGUAUGCAUAAGCCCAUCCGCAUCAUCAAGGACGAUGCUCGGGUACGGCUAACGCAACAAGUCAAUCUCGUCUCGGCCGUUCGUGCAUCGCUCCUCACUCUACCCCCCAAUUUCUCGGAGGCAGAACUGUUCGAGCGCAUAGCGGGACUGAGCUACCGGGGCGAUCCUCGGAUGCUGCUUCCUGCGGAAAACCGUGACAAGGUCAAGAACAUCGUGCACAAGCAAUCACCUCAGUUCAAAGAGUUGUACUACCGGCUGGUGACUGGACUUCCGGGCGUACAUUGGGCGGCGAAUUCGACGCACAUCGAGCAGGAUACGUCCCCGCAGGCUCGCGCGCUGCACCUGCGUAAACUGCCUUCGAACCUUCUCGCAAGGCUAACCAGCCAUUAUGCUGCAAACCCUUCCAUCCCUUCCAAGGAAGCCGACGAAGCGGUCUACUGGACAAAGCUAGCGGGCGAUGAGAAUAUCCCGACCGUUCUGCAGGAUGAGAUCGACAAGAUUGUACGCUAUCCUGCUGUCGUGCAAACGGCGAAGGGCAUUGUUUCGGCCGGCGUCUUGAAGAGCGCUCGGUACGUAGGUGGAAAGGUUGGCAAGUGGUUGAAGGGGUCAAGCAGCGCAAAACAGGCAUCCCCAUAGCAUCUGUCUGGCGAUAUUCCAGGAUACACACUACCCCCCGAGCACAACAACUCUGUAUUGAUAGUCCAUGUAACCGUCCAUGUAACCUCACUAUAAUCGACAACUGC